AUGCCGGAGCUUCCUGAGGUCGAAAGAGCCCGAAAGCUGAUCGCGGACAGCUGUACGGGCUACACGAUCAGGUCUGUCGAUACGACCGAGGACAAGAUCGUCUAUGCAGGGGGUAUCACCCAUGAGGACUAUGCAAAGCUCGUUGGCCGGACAAUCACAGGAUGUGAGCGCAAGGGCAAGAUAUUCUGGAUGACACUCUCCGGAGGUGGGAGACUACCAGUCAUGCACUUUGGGAUGAACGGGAUGGUCCAGAUCAAAGGUCAGGAACCGACAUGGUAUGUGCGCAGACCAAGAGAGCGGCCAAAGGAGUGGCCACCAAAAGUAAGCGAUACGCCCGCCUCGGUCAGCCAACGUCGCGCUAUGGAGCUGGACCCGCCUGCAGGCUCCAAAUCCACCGAGGUCGUACACCUUGCCUUCCUCGACUCCCGUCGACUCGCUCGACUCCGCCUCGUCCCUUCCCCCGUCUCGGACCACCCACCUGUAUCUGCCCUGGGCUUCGACCCCGUCCUUAGCAUGCCGAACCUGGAUGACUUCCUCGGCCUCCUCAAGCGCAAGAAGGGGACCAUAAAAGGUGUCAUAAUGGACCAAGCCUUCUCCGCCGGCGUCGGGAAUUGGGUAGCCGAUGAGAUUCUGUACCAAUCCCGAAUACACCCCGCCUGCCCCGUUCCCGCUCUCUCCCAGGCUGACCUCGAACGGCUCCAUCACUGGAUCCGCGAGAUCCCGCUGACCGCCGUCAAGGUGAAUGCGAUGCACGGCAAGUUUCCGGAUGAUUGGUUGUUCCGGUGGAGGUGGGGCAAAGGGAAGAAACAGGAGAGAAGGGUAAAGAAUGCGAAGGAGGACGGGAGGAUCAAGGAUGUCAAAGAAGAAGAAGGGAGUGAUUUGGAGGAGAUGGAAGAGGAGGAAGAGGCAGAGGAAGAGGCGGAAGUCAAGGGGGAGAAGGUCGUACCGAAGAGCAAGGACUUUAUGGCUUUGCCUGAUGGAUCGCCGGCUACUAUCACAUUUAUCGAAGUCGGCGGGCGUACUACAGCUGUAGUAGCCGAGAUGCAAAAGAUGCCGGAGGGGGUGGAGAUCAAGCCAAAGAUCACCAAGGGUGGGAAGGGGAGUCGGAGCAAGAAGGGCAAAGGGGAUGGCGAGGAUGGAGGAUCAUCAGUACUGACCUAUGCUGACACGCCAGGGUGGCUCGCUGACACCUCCACCGAGCGAAGCUGCCAAGCUCGCCAAAGCUCAGAUGGAUGGAGGGCCUUCGGAGGAAGAGGCAGGACCGUCUAG